AUGGUUAAAAAAAGUAAUAGAGAAGAAGACUAUAAUAUACUUUGUUUUACAAUUGUUAGUGGAAAAAUUCUUGAAGCAUAUGAUUCUAAUGGUUUGGCAGAUGGGUAUUGUAAAGUUGGAUAUUUAGAUGAAACUAAAACACCAAAUAAGGUUAAAUGGUUAUUAAAGACAACAGUAUGUAAUAAAACAUUAGAACCACAUUGGAGUUAUUCAGAAGCUUAUUGGGUACCAAAAUAUGUUACCCAAAUUCAAUUAGAAUUAUUUGAUCAUGAUAUAAUUGGUAGUGAUGAUUUCAUUGGUAGUGUUAUUGUUGAUAUAUCAAAUUUAAUAGAAGGUACACCUGAAGUUGAACAAUAUUCACUUGUUAAAAAAGAUGGUAAAACUAAAUCUGCCUCUGUAUUAUUUAUGAUUCAAAAGUGUCCAACAACUGAUGAAUUUAAAAUUCAUUGUAAAAAUGCUACAAAAUUAGAACUAAUUUCAAAUGAAAUUAAAAAAGAAACUAAUAAACUAUAA